AUGAUCGCUAACCGCCCAGUUAUCAGUGUGAACAACGUGUACAUAGUCCUUAUCUUUACCCUCUUUUUCAUUGAAGCAGCGACAGCCAUACCGAAAACCUUGGAGCACGGUUUGGUAAUAAACCGACGACCGGAGUUGUAUUACGCUGCGGACGUGGUGGACAAAGCGUAUCGGCUUUGUUGGGUGGAGAUCCAGAAGGACAUUUUGACUGGGCGGAAAAGGCGAUCAGAAGAAAGCAAUCCUCAAGACUCGUUCCCACGGUGGGUCCCAAUUGCUGGUGGUCGACGCUACUACCUUCCCCUGUCUGAACAGAAGAAGUUAUCCAUCGGAGAAAACUGCCUCCUGGUGAAGGGGAUUGAAAUCGCCCGAAGAGAGGAAGGUCGAUUCCUCCCGUUCUCUGGGGAUUUCGGUUGGGAAGCUGAUGAAUCGUUCACCAGACCACCCUGGAUCUUCCUUUUGGCUUGGAAUGAGCGUUCAUCUGCCACCAUAACUCAGUCCCCCCGUAUUCAGCGGCAUUACCGAGAUCAGAGCAAAAACUAUCGGUAUGGCUAUGAAAUUCGCCUCUGA